GAGAGAGAAGGCGCUGAAGGAGCUCGCCAUGAAAGUCGAGGGGCAAGGUCAGUGAGCAGAUUGCUUCAAGGUCGGCACGUUGACGAGUGUCUGUGUCUGUGCAUGUGUGUAUUUUCAGGUUACAAGUACGACGGUGGUCGUGAGGGCAUUGUCUGGUACAGAGUAGUGAGCUUCAAUCAGCUGUGGCAGCUCAUCGGCUCCGCCAAAGACACCGACACAUAUAAGGUGAGCCACACAGCACAGCGGAGCGCAGCAGCACCCAUCUCUCCGUCUCACGCACAUUCCUCCUUCCUGCCUUCAGUUGGUCCGCGGCAACACGAUGAUGGGCGUGUACCAGAAUGAGAAGUUCGACGUGUACAUCGACAUCUCCGCCAUCCCAUCACUCGGCGAGAUUUCCCUCACUGACGUCAACAACCAGCAGCAGAUCGACAUCGGCUCGGCCGUCACGCUCACCGAGCUGCGGGCAUUCCUGCUGGAACACGACAAGCGGCGCGGGGAGCUGACGAGCAAGUACGGUGUGCUGGCCUCGCACAUCCACAUGGUGGCCAACUGGCACGUGAGGAACGUCGCAUCGUGGGCGGGCAACCUCGUCAUGGCCAGAGAGAAAGGUCCGCCUGUCCAGCCGCCCAUCCAUCCAUCCACACACACGCAUAUAAAGGAUGUGUGGGUGCAGGUUUCCCCUCCGACCUGGCCACCAUCCUGUCUGGUGCCGAUGCAACUCUCACGGUCGACCUCAUCACCACCACCACCCCCACCAGCAGCAGCAAAGAGGAGGAGGGCUCCAUCCAUGCGCAGCCCGAGACGAGGGUCAUGACGGUGCUCGACUUCGUCCGGACCGAGAGUUUCGGCGAGGGCAAGCGAGCCUUUGUGCGGCAGCUGCACCUGCCGGCCAGCGGGGCAGAUCAACACAUGAGAACCUUCAGGGCCGCGGUGAGUCAGUCAGCGAGACGGACAGAGAUGUGUACACUUCUGUGUGACAUGGGGGUCCCGUCGGUGUGUCCUUUCGUUGUCUUGUUUCAGUUGCGUCCUCAGAACUCCCACGCCCUCCUGAACGCCGCCUUCAACGCAAAACUGACCGCGUCGACCAUCACCCAGUGCAGCAUCGUCAUCGGUGCAGGUGAGUGAGGCACCUGGACACACUGACACACUGACACACAGACACACACACCGACGGGAUCUUCCACGAAUGGCAUAUCUGCAGUUGGCGGCGACCCGUCGGUCUUCCCCCAUGGCCGUGCACUGAGCGCCCCGCUGACGAGUGAGCUGCUGAAGCAUGUUGACCUCAUCAAGGCCGCCAUGAGCAAUGAAGGAGAGGACUCACUCAAGGUCAGCCAGCCGAUUGGAUUGGUGCAGGUGUGUGUGCGUAAGUAGCCCACCCCCACCCCUUUUGCUUUUGUGUGUGGCUGUUCCCUUGCUGAAUACAGGCCCUGUACACCAGUGCAGCUGCGCAGCUGCUCAAGGAGAUGAAGCUCAAACCACUGCCAGAGUACACUGACACACACGGGGUCCCGGCGCGAAGGCACUGUUUGUGUCGUGUGUCGUGUGUCGCGUGCACGCUCCUCUCUGUCUGUUUCUGUCUGCAGGUACGUGACGGUGACUCAGCCCGAGGCCAAGCUGGCCUACCGAGAGAGCCUCCUGCUCUCCUUCCUCUACAAAUUCGUCCUCACAAUGCUGCACACAGCACUCAGGGUGGGCUGGGCUGGGCGAGUGAGAUGAGACCGCCUUCCAACCCCAAAACACUCCAACCCUUCUCUGUACCUGCAAUGGCUGGACUGAACAGGGUGCCGGCAAGUCCCUCCCCGCCCAUCUCCUUUCAGCCAUCGAGCCCCUCAAGCGCCCUGUGUCAGAUGGCAAUCAGGCGUACAAGCCGGACCCCUCUCUCUACCCCGUCUCAUACGCCAUCCCCAAGCUCGCCGGACACGAGCAGGCGGCAGGAGAAGCCGAGUACGUCGACGACCUUCCAAGCGGCAAGAGCGACCUCUAUGCGGCCUUUGUGCUGGCGGGGCGGUGCUGCAGGACGAUCGAGGGCAUCAAGGCGGACAAGGCGCUGGCUGUGGAUGGGGUGGAGGCGUUUGUGGGUGCGAGUGAUGUGGUGUCGGUGAUUGGGGGGAGCAACACUCCCGAGGGGUUUGGCGGGGAGGAGGUGUUUGCGAGCAGGGAGACGCUCUAUGUGGGGCAGCCGGUGGGGAUGGUCAUUGCCACAUCGCAGGUAGGUAUCUUGCGAUCCGUGCCACGCACAUCUAUCUAUGGGCAGAAGGGUGAGUGAGUGGGUGUGGGUGCUUCUGCAGCGAUUGGCCAACGAGGCUGCCCGCCUGGUCGAGGUGGAGUAUGGCGCAGCGACAGCCACGCCCAUUCUCACCCUCCAAGACGCCAUGGACAAAAGGAGCUUCUACAGGUACACACAACCGUGCACACAAACGAACACACGUCCACACGAAUGACAUGUCUGUGUGUGUGUGUUGUCAUGCAGUCUGGAUUUCUCUCUGCAGACGAUCGCCAGUGGCAACGUCGAGGAGGGGUUAAAAAACGCUCCACACGUCGCAUCGAGGUACACACACGCACACACACACCAUGUGGGCGCUUCCCAUCCAAGCAACACCCUCUGGCCGUCCGUGUGUGUGUGUGUGUGUGUGUGGUGCUGUAGGCGCGUCUCAUGUGGCGGCCAAUCCCACUUCUACAUGGAGAAGCAGACCGCCUACUGCACUCCAGCCGACGGCGGCACACGCUUCACCCUCUACUCAUCCACACAGGACCCACAGCUCGCCCGAAGAUGCGUCUCAAGCGCCUCCAACACGCCACCACACCACAUCAACGUGGUCGCCAGGCGAGUCGGCGGCGCAUACGGGGGCAAGCUCACACGCAUGCUCCCGGCCGCCUGUGCAUGCAUGAUCGGCGCCAAGAUAAUGAAGACUGCUGUGCGGAUGGCCACCGACAUCACCACCGACAUGACCAUGAAUGGGGGGAGGAACCCGUUCCUGGCGGACUACCGAGUUGGGUACUCGAGUGGGGGCGUGAUAACGGCUCUGGACAUCAGCAGCUACCAGAAUGCGGGGUGCACUCUGGACUACAGCAUUGGGGUGUGCCACGAGUACAAUGAGGCGCUGGAUAGCGUGUACUACGUGCCCAACUGGCGAAGCAGGGUGUUCCCAUGCAGGUGGGCGAGGGGGCAUGGCAUGCACGGGGGGGCGGGCAGGCAGACACUCUGACGUGACGUGUUGUGGUGUGUGUGUGUGUAGGACCAACUUGCCGUCCAACACUGCUGUGCGGAGCUUUGGACAUAUCCAAUCAGCGUUCAUCAUCGAGUGCGUCAUCGAGGUACGCCGACAUCUGCGCAUUCAUUGACACACACACACACACACACACAUCCUUACUCUCAUGCAUGGUCAUUAGGAUGUGGCCCGCCAAGUGGGCAAGACUCCCGAGGCCGUUCGAGAGCUCAACAUGUACUCUCUGCGCAACGCCGUCAGCCCCACUGGACAGCCCCUGGAACACUACACCAUGCCCACGGUGACAAGAGCACGGCACAGGCAUAGCACACACAUGGAUGGUGUCUGUGUGUGUAUGUGUGUGUGGUGUAGGUGUGGUCCCGCGUCAAGGACAAAGCUGGCUACGCUGACAGAGUUGCCGAGAUUGAGCAGUACAAUGCCGCUAACCGGUACGACCGCCGCACACACACCCACAACCGCUCAUACGCACUAUGAUGUUGUUGGUGCGAUCGAUACAUUGUGUGCAGGUGGCGCAAGCGUGGCCUUGCCAUUACGCCUGUCAAAUAUGGCGUCGGGUAAGCGUCUCCCUGUCGCACACGGACGAUCUCCGAGCUGUGCUGCUCAUGUGUGCUGUGCUGUGCUGUGCUGUUCAGGUGGCACCCGGCUGGCGCGUUGCUGAAUGUGUCUGCGGACGGCACGGUUCUCAUUUUCUCGGGCGGCGUCGAGAUGGGCCAGGGCCUCCUCACCAAAGUCACACAGGUCUGGUCAAGUCACCACACCACAUCACACACAGAUGCACACACAGCCACUGCACAGCACACAUUCAGUCCUGACUCGCUGUGUGUGUAUGUGUAUCUGUGUGUGUGUGUGUGUGUAGGUGGCUGCCAAGACGCUGGGUGUGCCUAUAGACAAGAUAGUGAUCGGCGACACCAACACGCACACAAUUCCCAACUUCGGAGGAACAGGCGGCUCCGUCGGGUCGGGCACCAAGUGAGUGACCGUCUCACAAACAAACAACACAAUCAGUCACAUCGAUGAACGAAAUGUGUGUGUGUGUGUGUAUGGUGGGGCCUCUGUGCAGUGCCGAGGCGGUCAGGUGAGUGAGUCGUGUGUGAUCAACGGACGGACGGACGGAUGGAUGGACGGAUGGAUGGACGUAGAUUGGCGUGUGAGGAGCUAAAGGCGCGUCUGAGCCCGGUCAAGGACAAACUCAUCGCUGACAACGACGGCAAGGUGCCCUCAUGGGAGACACUCGUCAGCACCGCCAACCGCGCAGCCAUCAACCUGUCCGUCACUGGUAGGCACAACACAACACACCACACGAACACACGCGUGAUAAUGGACGUACUCGUCCCGUGUGUGUGUCGUAUGUGUAGGUUAUUUCGCGGCGCCCGGCACGUCCGGUGUGCAUGAGGGUGUGGGCGGCCAGUGGUGGAAGUACCCUUCGUCCUACUUCAACUUCGGGGCGUGCUGCGUGGAGGCCGAGAUAGACGUACUCACGGGCGAGGUGGAACUGAGAAGGUACACAGGGAGUCGAAAGGCAGGACACGAGACUGGCUGUGUCUCAUGUCAUGUCAUGCGUGUGUUGUGUUGGUCGUGUAGGGCUGACUUGGUGUACGAUUGUGGCCAGAGUCUCAAUCCAGCCGUUGAUAUCGGGCAGGUGGGAAAUGAGAUGAAGCACGACAAGACAAGAACAUGCCUGCACACACACACAUGCUCAUGCACACGUACGGCGUGUGUGUGUGAGUGUGUGUGUGCAGAUUGAGGGCGGCUUCAUCAUGGGCGUCGGGUAUUUCCUCCGAGAAGAAGUAAGUAGCACGGAAGCAUGAAUGCAUGCCUGCAGAUGGACGGAUGUGUGGGACGUUUCUCUGUUGCUUAUUGCCUUUUUUGGCUGCUCUGCUUUGCUGUGCGAUGCCUGCAGGUGCUGACCGGGCUCGGCGGUGAGACCAUUUCCAACGGCACAUGGGAGUACAAACCGCCAUGUUCACUCGAUAUACCCAUUUCCUUCAAUGUGGAGGUACGUGAGCCACACACACACACGCACACAACCACAACCACACACACACCAUGCGCCUGUGCAUAUGUGGAUGCAGUUGCUGAAGGACUGUCCGUUCCCCAAGGGCAUCCUCCGCAGCAAGGCGUCCGGUGAGCCGCCCAUGAUCCUCUCAAGAGCCGCGUACGGCGCCGUCAAGGCUGCUAUCGAGUCAGCACCCACACACCCUCCCGUCAAACACAACAGGACACAACACACCGAGUCUGUGGAGUGAGUGGAUGGUGUGGUUGAUCGAUCAGGGCUGCGAGGAAGGAGCGCGGUGUGAGUGCACCAGAUGAGUCGACCGGCGAUGUGCUGCUGUGGCAUUCGCCGCUGACUGUGGAUCGCGUGCAGCAGGCCUGCCACGUCACUGUGGGGCACAUGAGCGACACGCUAUGCCUCACUUGACGGACUGACAGGCAGAUGCACGCCAUUUAUGUGAAGUGAGAGAUGCUUUCAAAAUUCGACACGUCGAAUCAGUAUGUGUGGACUGACUACAUAGUAGGUGCGUGUGUUGUGUGUCGUGUGUGCGUGUCUGUACCAUAUCUGUUUCUUCGCAGGCCACGUCACUGUGGGGCACAUGAGCGACACGCUAUGCCUCACUUGACGGACUGACAGGCAGAUGCACGCCAUUUAUGUGAAGUGAGAGAUGCUUUCAAAAUUCGACACGUCGAAUCAGUAUGUGUGGACUGACUACAUAGUAGGUGCGUGUGUUGUGUGUCGUGUGUGCGUGUCUGUACCAUAUCUGUUUCUUCGCAGGACUUUUUCGCCUGCAUCUGUAAGUGCCGUGCUGCGUUGCCGCGCCUUAUGCUUGCCAGUUCGUAUCUCGUCCGGCCGACCUAUCCUUUUGCCGUACGAGACGUGGCACCAACCUGCCUGCACCUGUAGUGCUUGGCUGGAUGCGCGCGUGUCUCCGGAGUGCAUGAACGGCGUUUUGACUGCCUGCAGCUUUAGAUAUUGGAUGCCCGGGGCUGACCUGCCUAUAUGUCGGGAGGAGGGAAACACACGUCGCAUACAUAAUGACUGCGUGUCUGACUGUCUGACUGUCUGACUGACUGACUGCAUGGCUGAGGUUUGCGACAUUUUCUUUCUGGCACCUUUGGCUUUGGACUGACCCGCACGCAUAAGUUCCAUGACCACGACUCUGCCGUCAUGAACACUACAUGACGCAUGAGUGUAUGGGUGGGUACAUAUGUAAACCACGGGUAACCGCGGGACCAAACCGGAUUGAACAUGUUAACAUGCAGAGGGCACUCGAG